GUCGAUUUGGAUAUACCGGUAGGUACUACAUGUCUUAAUGAUUUGAUAAACUACAGGUCAACAUGCCUUGCACCUGUGGGCUACUAUAGUACAGUGGAUUAUAGUGGGUCACAGUGGCCAGAUAAGCUUUGGCCAAGUCGAGCACUAGCUUGGGCAGGCUGGAAUGACUGGACCUUGGGAAGGUGUGCUGGUAGAUCGCACUACGCACUCCAUCCAAUACAUGGCUCUCCUACCCGAUAAAUCAGGCUGCACGUUGAAAAAAAAAGUGACCCAACUUGGGGAGAUGCCAAACCAGGCCAAAGACCACGCGGAUGAGUUGCGAAGGGUCCUGCAGCAGUUGGAGCAGGCAGACAGGAUUGCAACGAGCUGGAGCAAAAGAUGCUUCGAAGCGAUAACCCGAGGACCACAGCCCGCCAGGCGCUUAUCUAUCUUCGACAUCAAUUCAAUAUAGACAUGAAUGAACACCAAGGAUGCCUGGCUAUACGGGCCUCUCACCUCGUCAGCAGGGCCCAAUAUCGCCCAUGCCUGGGCCUUAUGAUGCGCACCGGCUGUCGUCAUUUACGAGGGUUUAGGCCUCGGUCAGGUGGCAUCUCUUGGGCACCUCGGUCAAGCUUUGAUCGUCGCAAGGCAUGUAGACAAGCAGACAGGCAUGAGGUAGCUGCUGUUCGCUCCGAUUCCUCGAAAGAGUACCUGGAUACCUGGCUUUCUGACUACCUGACUACUUGACUAUCUCCUCACAUGCCUACAUGCCUACCUGCCUACCUGCCUGCCUCCCUCCAUGCCCAUAUGAGUACCUACAUAUCCAUGUCUCUGCCUACCUCCUACCUGCCAUCGAACACUCCCCUCCUGUCUUCGUCAGCAGGUCCCUCGUUAUGCCCGAAAUACACUCCUUGACGCCUUCGAGCAGCGUCACCACGCCCAGGGUCAACUCUGUCCCCGCAAAAUCAAUACCCAUCGGAUCCCCGCAGACCUUCAGCGCCGAUGCCUCCUCGAGCGACUCCCAUAGCUGCAGCAGGUCCAACGAUUCGAUGGGAGGGUAGACGCGAGUCUCGCUGGGCCCGGGCAUCCUGGCAUCAUUCUCGGCCACAAAGAAUUCGAUAAGCUGCCGCAGCUGUGUAGGUGUCACCGCUGACCGGUGGAUCACGCCCAGAGCCUGCGCCCACAUGUCCUUGACGUGGUCGUCGCCCUUGUCCUGGUGGAAAUGCGGGUUGCGCGUCUCGAUCUGCAGAACCUCGACCAGGUCGUUCCAGUGCCGACCUGCGGCAUUCUUGGACGAACAUCCCUCGUGGCUGCUUCCAAAUUGCUCCAAGAGGUCCAGGUACUGAAACGGUUCGACAGCAAACCCUCCCGCAAAACACAUCUUGAGGGCGAGCUCUAUCGACAUGGCAUGCUCGCCUGCGUUGCCGGUCGCAAUGAUGUCCGAGUCCUUGGCACCAAUCUCCGAAAGUAGUCUGUUGAGCCAUCGGUUGGUGAUACGGGAGCUCCUACCCUCCUUGGCGAACUCGAGUUUCCCAUCACGCACCUUUGGCUUGGAGCCCCAACUCAGCCUCACCAUUGCUUUGCCAGUCUGCCUGCCAACUUGGGCAAGGUGGAGGCCAGCCGCGAAGGCCUCGCAGUACUCACGGACGGACCCAGGAACAAAGUUAUCGGCGUCGAUGAAGCCCACGUAUCUGCGCCCAGUGGCGGCGGCAAGAGCUGCACCAACCAGCAUGGCCUCUCCCUUGCCGUUCCGGAUUCUUUGUGUGGUCGGAUCGACAAGCUCCGGCAUCCCGGCGGUCAAGAAAGCUGCCGCAAGUCCCGGAUCCUGCUGGUGCACGGCGAUGGCCGACCGGUGGCUGAUGCGACUGAAGCGGUGGAGAGCGUCCAUCUCGCGGUCAUAAGCCUCGAUGUGACUGCUGUUGGAGACGAGUAUGACGAGACUCUCGUGGGGAAUUCCAGAGAGCACACCUUCGAUUGUAGCAAUGUCCUCGUCCAUACAGGGGACGACUAUCGCCAUCUGAGCGGCGAUGCUGCGCAAGGCCGACGGCUGGACUACAUCGUUGUCUGGGACGGAUAUCAAAGAGAUGAUGCUGUUGCUUCCCGAGUCGAGCUCAAUUACUUUCUGGAGCGCGUGGAUGCGCACGCCGCCGAUGCGGGUGCUUUUGGUGGAAGUACUCAGGCGCAUUGUGCUUUUUUUAUAUGCCUAGAUCACUACUUAUUACUCAUGAAGAUAUUCCAUGUAUGCUGUGUUACAACUGCUUACCGAAACCAAAACGUCUACGAUGCAAUUGUAUAGCAAGCAUCAGCAGACAACCAACAGUAUUCGGUUCACGAACCGAUUCAACAUAUCAAAGGACCUGAUUUGACAUGGCUGCUUGGCGUCGCCCUAUAGGGAUCGUCAAGCACUAGACCUAGUCAAUUCAGGCCUGCAGCCCAUCCUUCUCAGCCGCAGACCAUACCAACCCCGGCUCAGCUGAUCCUUCGACGAAGUGCCGGAUAAUCCGAUCGUUUAUUGGCAGUGCAUUGUAUUUGUUUUUCUUCAUUGGCACUGGCAGUACGGCUUCGGAUAAUCACCCGCCGACUGAUUGUCUGGGCGAACGUCUGGCGCGCCUGCAAUAUCAUCUGCCUAUCACGCUGUCAAUGAGCCAAGGUAGCUGUGCCGUCGCAUGGCCAGAGCCUCAAUGACGCAGACCUAUCGAGUCUGAGCAUGGUUGGCAAUUCACCCGUCUCAUCGCCAGAAAUAGCAGCACCGUGGCCGAAUCCUGACCAUACCGAGACGCAGUGAUUUCGACUCCCGCAGCGACAUUGCACUCGUGGUCUUUCCUCAUCGCCCACCGAGAUCCAGCCUACGACAAGUUCGCGCAGAAUGACUAGAUUUGAACCGUGUCAAUUGGACAGUGAGCACUGCCUCGGUCCAAGCCACCGGGUCGCGUAUUGGGUCGUGCGAGUCUUGUUGCGCGUGUCUAUCGACCCCAAUUGCUUUUUAUAGUUUGGAGUCAUCAGAAACAACCAUGAGCGCAAUCGCAGGAUUCUUGAGUUGACAGUGCUGUCGUUCGGAGAGGCUGACUUGGAACCUCAAGCUAUAGCUGCAAUUCAGACGACUCGAUAGUUUGAGCUAUCGCGCAUUACUGCUCGUCGUCAAUGUCGGGUGUGAUGCCGAAACUAAUUUCGGCUGGCCCAAAAAAAGCAAGACGCCUGCCUUGUCGAGACUGGAGUCUGUGGAGAAUUACGUAGUGAAAUACCACGCGAAACUAGAUCUCCAGGUUCAAUCUGACCCAACGAGGCUAGAACCGUGGGGUGCCCGCCUCUCCAGGUUGCUUCUCCAAUUGCCGCUCUCACCCGAACUGACUCGGACCAACCGACCCGCAGGCCGGCUUCCAAGGCCGUUGGUAGGGAACUCCACUCUGGGGCCCCGACAACUUUUGCGCGGGAAAUUGACGUCAGCGAACUGGGCCUAUUCUGUCGGAUUACCUUGUUUGGUAAUCCGGUAAGUAGAUGGGCUGAAGGUGCAGACCGCGUGACGCGUGUUGAAUGUUGAGAGCACUGUAAGUAUAAAGAUGAUCCCGCAUGUCAAGUCAUCCGAAGAUCGGUUGCUAUCAUUCUAACCAGAAACCAGAAAUCAGGAACAAUGUGGCUGACGGAUAAGUUUUACGGCCUUCGAGGCAAGAGCCUCAACUAUGCAAUCGUCUGUAUUGCUGGUGUGGACUUUUUACUCUUUGGAUAUGACCAGGGCGUUAUGGGAGGUAUCCUUACCCUCCCAGUCUUCCUUAGCCAGUUCCCGACCAUCAACCCCGAGGCUGAUGGCCUGACAUCCAUCGAGUCUGCCCAACGUGCCACCAACCAGGGUAUCGCCGUCGCAUCAUACAAUCUCGGGUGUUUCGUGGGAGCCGUCAUCGCAAUCUGGAUCAGUAACCCUCUCGGACGCAAGCGUAUGAUCAUACUCGGUACCUCCAUCAUGGUCGUUGGAACUAUCAUCAAGAUCACUGCGUUUUCUCUGGUUCACCUGGUCAUUGGAAGAAUCAUCAUGGGCUUGGGCAACGGCAUGAAUACCAGCACGGUACCGACUUGGCAGUCCGAGACCAGCAGUUCACACAAGCGCGGAAAGAUGGUCAUGAUCGAAGGCGCCCUCAUCACUUGCGGUAUCAUGAUCUCGUACUGGAUCGACUUGGGAUUGUCUUUUGCUCCUGGGUCUGUGGCCUGGCGAUUUCCAAUUGCGUUCCAGCUCGUCUUUUGCUUCUUCAUCCUCGCCUUUGUCUGGAACUUACCCGAGUCGCCGCGCUGGUUGAUCCUUAAGGGUCACCAUGAAGAGGCCAAGCUGGUCAUUGCAGCAAUUGCGGAUCUGGAAGUCGAGGACAACUUUGUCCAGAAUGAAUUCCUCGCAAUCAAGGAAACGGUCGAGGAAAUGUCCAAGGGUAGCUUCCGAGACUUGUUCGCAACCAACGAAAACCGGAAUCUGCACCGAACGUUCUUGGCGUACCUCAACCAGGUCUUCCAACAAAUUUCGGGUAUCAACCUCAUCACUUACUAUGCUGCUGUCAUUUACUCGGGGCUGGGCAUGUCAGACUUCAUGUCUCGGUUGUUGGCGGCCUUGAACGGCACCGAGUACUUUAUAGCUUCAUGGCCGGCUGUGUGGCUUGUGGAGAGGGUGGGAAGGAGAAAGCUGAUGUUGUUUGGAGCGGCCGGACAGGCUCUAACCAUGGCGGCCUCGGCAGGUGUCACAUCCAGGUCCGAGGAGGGUUUCCAGAUUGCAGGCGUGGUGCUCUUGUUCAUUUUCAACACCUUUUUCGCCAUUGGUUGGUUGGGCAUGACUUGGUUGUACCCAGCCGAGAUUGUGCCUCUGAGAAUCAGAGCUCCGGCCAAUGCACUGUCCACGUCUGCCAACUGGAUAUUCAACUUUAUGGUCGUCAUGAUCACUCCGGUGGCAUUCAACACCAUCAAGCAUCAUACCUACACCAUCUUUGCCAUCAUCAACGCCAUCAUGGUUCCGUCCGUCUACUUUUUGUUCCCCGAGACGGCGUACCGGUCACUCGAAGAGAUGGACACCAUCUUCCAAAAGGUCCACGGGUGGAAGGGAUUGUUUACUGUUGUCAGGCAAGCCGAAAUCGAGCCAAGGCGCUAUGGAAAGAAUGGCGAGUUGCUGCUGGAUGUCGACGCCGUCCGUGCUGAGAAGGGCGACUCGAGUUCUGCAGGCAGAGAGAAUGAGCACAGGGAGGUUAGGACUGAGCCGUGACCAAGCAAUUACAUAAAAGCCAUACAUAGGAGAGUGAAUAGACCAAGUUCACCACAGACGGAGCAACGGAGACGGAGCUCUAAAGAUCCCGGCUGAGAUUGGCGAA